UGGAACCAGAAAGCCGCCUGCUGCCUGUAGCGAGAUGGCGAUCGGUUGGGAGAGUUGGAACCUUCUUCCGAACAGACCUAAUGCGUUUUGUACCGUUGUACAGUCUUAGUUGCCCUGGAGGCCCAUCAGUUAAAAGGCGCGAAUACGUGGCAACGAGUCCGUCGCCUUCUCACUUGUCCGUCACAUCCUCUGCCUCUUCCACCGGCAGCCAUGAUCUACCAAGCUUUGCUCUCACUUGUCUCUUCCGCUAUCAUCCUCGGCUCGGCGCCGGCCCAAGCUCUGGACAAUGGUCUUGCGCUGACGCCUCAGCGUGGCUGGAAUACUUGGAAUAAGUACGGCUGCAACAUCAACGCGUCCAUCAUCCUUGCAAAUGGCAAGGCUCUGAUUGACGAAGGCUUGCACAAGGCCGGCUACGAAUACGUCGUCGUCGAUGACUGCUGGCAGGGUCCGCGUGACCCAAGCACGGGGCGCAUCACCGUCGACUCGACCAAGUUCCCACACGGGCUCAAAAAUCUCACAGACGAGAUCCAUGCGAUGGGUCUCAAAGCCGGCAUCUACAGCAGCGCUGGCUCCAUGACGUGCGGCAGACACGUCGGUAGCUUGGACCACGAGGAGAUCGAUGCGCAGACUUUUGCGGAUUGGGGUUUCGACUACCUCAAAUACGAUAAUUGCUUCAACGAAGGCCGUUCUGGAACACCAAAGAUCUCGUACGACCGCUACAAUGCGAUGACUAUGGCGCUCAACAAAACGGGUCGGCCAAUCCUUUUCAGUCUGUGCCAGUGGGGUGAGGACAGCUCCUACCUCUGGGCACCGACGAUCGCCAACAGCUGGCGAAUAUCCGGCGACAUUUACGACAACUUUGACCGUGCAGAUGCCAGAUGCCCUUGUGACGACAUGACGACGCAGACAUGCUACCUGCAAGGUUUCCACUGCUCGGUCAAAAAGAUUGUCAACUUUGCCAAGAGUCUCGGUCAGAAGGCGUUCCCGUCUGCUUGGCUCGAUCUGGAUAUGCUUGAAGUCGGAAAUGGAGGCAUGAGCACGACGGAGUAUGUCACGCACUUUUCCAUGUGGGCCAUGAUGCGCAGUGCGAUGAUCUUGGGCAACGAGCUGUUUAGCAUGGACAAUGCGACACGAGCGAUCGUCAAGAACACUCAUGUCCUCGACCUCAUCUCGGGCGACGCAAACGGGUCCCCUGCGUACCCGGUCUGGGAAGAGACCACUUCGACCAACGGCACGGAGAUGCAGCUGUGGUUCUCCUCGCUAGUCAACGGCACGUACGCCGCCGCACUCGUCAACUGGGGCAGCCAAGAUGCAUCGGGGCAGAGCAUCGACUUGAGCACUUUCUUCGUCGACGAUGCGCCCGCGCGCAAGGCGUCGUGGGACGUAUACGACCUGUGGGCAGGCGUCGAUUUUAAGCAGGGCACCGUACCCGCCAAGCUGAGCAAGCUGAGUGGCUCGCCAUUCACAGGCUCGAUCGGCAACCUCGAUGUGCCCUCGCACGGCAUCAAGCUGCUCCGCCUCGUGCCUGCCGGUACUGAUGGAAAGGGGAUGUCGGAGCAGGAGCACAAGCGGCGAGCGCUGCAGGAAGCCGAGCACGUCCAGCUCGAGAGGGCAAUGCAGUGGCAGGAAGACCGAGUGAAUGCGCGCAGGAUGGCUAGCCGCGGACUGUAGACGCUCCCUUCCGGCAGAACUGAGUUUCCCUUUGCGAUGUUCUUUCUAUCUAUUCGAAAAGGCUGCUCGAAACCGCAAAGUGUCUUUCUCUGUACUUUCAAGGCAUUGCAAUGCGUA